AUAUGACGCCGUUUUAUAUGACCACAAGGGGAUUCUACUUUCAUGCUGUGGGGUUUUGGUGUUCGGGGGUUUGGGUUUGGACAGUGGUCGGAAGACAGGGCAGGACGAUGGGGAGGAGGAUCUUGAACGAAGCACUCAGAACCAUUGUCAAUGCAGACAAAAGAGGCUUAGCCACCGCUCAGUUGCAACCCAUUUCCACCGUCAUCUCCUCCUUUCUUCACAUCAUGAAACAUCGAGGAUACAUCAAAGAUUUUCAGGUGUAUGAUGAACACAGAGUAAGAAAGAUAACCGUUGAACUACAAGGCAGGAUUAAGGAUUGUCGGGCUCUCAUGUAUAGGCAGGACGUCAAGGCUAAGGACAUUGAGAAAUAUAAAGUACAGCAACUUCCAACGCGGCAGUGGGGAUACAUUGUGAUUACUACUCCAAGUGGUGUUUUGGAUCACGAAGAGGCAAUUAGACAAAACGUGGGUGGCCAGGUUCUUGGUUACUUUUACUGAAUGUAGGGAUCAUGAAUCUUUGAAAGGAAGUGGAAGAGGAAAAGUUUGUUAAACUCUUCUAAUUGUUUUGGUUGUUUUAGUUUUUGUUCUUUGCUUUUCAUGUGAACAUUUGUGGCCUCUGCUUCUACAGCAAGCUCCAUGCCAGGACAAUACUUCCAUUUCUUUAUUUGAUUAAUCCUGUACCAUAGUCCCAAGUCUGGAGAAAACUGUAUUACCUUGUGAUCGUAGAAAUUCAUUUCCCAUUGAUACA